GGGGCACGACUUCUUUUUGCCCUCUGCCCUCGCCCGCGAUCUCAAGCACACGACACCAUGGCGGCCAAGGCAGCGGAGGCUCUCGACAGUCUCAACUUGGACGAGUCCAGCACAAAGGCCGUGAACGGCGCCCCCAAGAACGGCACGCAGAACGGCGACGUAGACAACGGCGACUCGGACGACGACGCCGAGGCCGACGACGGCGCGCCCGAGACCACCGCAGAGGGCGCCGCAAAGAAGAAGAAGAAGCGCAAGCCGCGCAAGAAGAAGAAGGCCGGCGCAUCGUCAGGCCCCAAGGUGCAGACGGCCCCGCCGCGCGUGCCCGUCCACGAAAUCUUCCUCAACGACAGCUACCCCGAGGGCGAGACGCACGAGUACCUCGACGAGAAUGCCUACCGCACCACCAGCGAGGAGAAGCGCCACCUCGACCGCAUGAACCAGGACUUCCUGACCGACUACCGGCGGGGCGCCGAGGUGCACCGCGAGGUGCGGCAAUGGGCACAGAAGUGGAUCAAGCCAGGCAUGACGCUGACCGAGAUCGCCGAGGGCAUCGAGGACUCGGUGCGGGCGCUCACAGGACACCAGGGCCUCGAGGAGGGCGAUGCGCUCAAGGCCGGCAUGGGCUUCCCCACGGGCCUCAGCAUCAACCACUGCGCCGCGCACUACACGCCCAACGCCGGCAACAAGAUGGUGCUGCAGCAGGAGGACGUCAUGAAGGUCGACUUCGGCGUGCACAUCAACGGGCGCAUCGUCGACUCAGCCUUCACCAUGCACUUCGACCCCACCUACGACAACCUCGUCAACGCAUGCAAGGAUGCGACCAACGCAGGCAUCAAGGAGGCCGGCAUCGACGUGCGCAUGUCGGACAUUGGCGCCGCGAUCCAGGAGGUCAUGGAGAGCUACGAGUGCGAAAUCAAGGGCACGACGUAUCCGGUCAAGUGCAUCCGCAACCUCAACGGGCACAGCAUCGGGCGGUAUAGCAUCCACGGCGGCAAGACGGUGCCGAUUGUCAAGGGCGGCGACCAAACUAAGAUGGAGGAGGGUGAAACCUUUGCCAUUGAGACGUUUGGCAGCACCGGCAAGGGCUAUGUCCGGGAUGAUAUGGAAACAUCGCACUACGCCAUGCGCGAGGACGCGCCCAACGUGCCUCUCCGCGUCAACUCGGCGCGCACCCUCCUCGCAUCCAUUACCAAGAACUUCGGCACGCUCCCGUUCUGCCGCCGCUACCUCGACCGUCUCGGCCACGACAAGUACCUGCUCGGCCUCAACAACCUCGUUUCCGCGGGUAUCGUGGAGUCGUAUCCUCCGCUGGUCGACAUCAAGGGGAGUUAUACCGCGCAAAGCGAGCAUACGUUCAUCCUCCGCCCAACGUGCAAGGAGAUUGUGUCUCGCGGCGACGACUACUAACCGCAUCCCCACGGUAUCAUGAUAGAAAAUGGCAUUUUCGUUCGCAUUGGGCCGAUUCGGAAACGCAUGGAGAGAUUUGCAUGUGGCUAAGACUGACUGGCUGGCUGGCUGGGUUGGUUGCCCGGGGCUUGGGCUGGCAAAGAACUAAAAUUCUUGGAAAUGUAUACUGAGCUAUUUCAGAAGAUGAGAUGAGAUAAGACAAUGAAUCAUGAACCCGCAACGAGAGGUGUAUGUGUUGUAGAGGCGAUGGCCUGGGAGUGUUGAGGGUUGGGGUGGAUGAGUUCAGUUUCGCUUGCGCGUAUGAGUCCGAGUCUGGCUUUGCAUACUAUCUUCAGGUGUCCCACGGUGCAAGAGAGCAUCGGGUUCAAAGGAUACAACGUCCAUUGAAAACAUACGGAUAGUCAGGAUCACUUCAUGUUUUUCACACCAUGUAUCAGAUCAUUGGAAC